AUGGUACUACUCCGUGCAGAUAUGCAAGUUUUAGCAUCCUUCCUGCAAGCAUAUUGCCCAAAAGUGGCCAAAGAGCUAAAUCGAUUGCACGUCGACUUGCUGUCGAUUUGCUCAGAAUGGUUCCUGACCUGGUUUGCCAAAAGCCUGCCCAUUUCUACUGUGCUGCGUGUUUGGGACACGCUCUUUUUCGAAGGCUUCAAGGUGCAGGGGCCUGACCCUGAACAAAUUUGGGGAAUGUGUUCACUUGCAUUGCAUGUGUCACAGGUGUUUUUCCGCAUUGCCAUUGGCAUCUUCAAGCGGGUCGAGCAGGAAAUCAUGAAGUGUCAAAGCUUUGACGUGGUGAUGGAGCGAGCAAAAGGUUGGCCAAGGAGCAUGGUGGAGCAUAACGAACUGCUGAAAGCCAGCUUUGAUGGAUUGCCAUCAUUCAGGCGACAAGCACUUCUCCGUGCUCGCAAUGAGGCUUUGAGCAAGAUCGAGCGCGAGGAUCUAGAGCGCAUGAAGCUGGCAGAAACCCGCUUGGCUCAGGUUGCGAGCGGACGAGGAUGA